UGGGUCCCAAGCCUAUUUAGUUAGACAGCGCAGUUAUCGAGAGGAGUUGGAAAAGCCUCGUGGUCUUUUUGGGACAGUCCGCUCCAUGUAACUCCCCUACUUACUGUCGGAAGAUAAAUCUGCCUCCAGAGGUCAUUUUUGUCGAGUUUGGGUUUAGUUUUCUCUUCUGAAAAAGUUACAGAGUCAGCUGCUCUUUCUCUUUUCUGUAUCUUCAUCCAAAACGCUGAUAAGGAGACACUGCGCUAUUCUUUUUUUAUUGUUCCUAUUUAUUGUAUUUUGCACUAACGAUGCACACUACGCAAAAGGACACGACCUAUACGAAGAUUUUUGUUGGGGGUCUCCCCUACCACACCACGGAUUCAAGUCUCAGGAAAUAUUUUGAGGUGUUUGGUGAGAUUGAAGAAGCUGUGGUCAUUACUGACAGACAAACCGGCAAGUCUAGGGGUUAUGGAUUUGUGACGAUGGCGGACCGCUCAGCUGCAGAUCGGGCCUGUAAGGACCCCAACCCCAUCAUUGAUGGCAGAAAGGCUAAUGUCAAUCUGGCCUACCUGGGGGCCAAGCCUCGAGUGAUGCAGCCAGGUUUUACCUUUGGUGUUCCUCAGAUUCACCCUGCGUUCAUCCAAAGGCCUUAUGGGCUCACUCUCGGUUAAGCUAACUGUGCUGGUUUGUGGAAUAGUUCUGUCAACAUAAUCACAGAUCAGAGAAAGGAAUUACCUGUAGACUCAAGCACACACAAACAAGCUCUCAAAAUGGUGAUUAUAGAUGCAUGUACAUCGAUUUCAUGUGGCGUUUGACUUUUUUAAAAAUAGAUCUUAGAGCUAUGUGUGCAGUUAUGAAGUGGUGUUGUUAGCUAAAGCGUGUGCUUUCUUUUGUGACCAAAAAGCUGGAUUGACUGAAUUUUUGGGUGUUCUUUGCUUUUUUUUCUUUUUUUUUUUGUGGACGCGUAUUAACUUUGCCAAGAAAGAGCAAAGUCUUUUUUGUUAAUUUUUUUUAAAUUGUUUUUAGCUUGUGGGUGACCUGUUUUGUUUUAACAGGGUUUAUUGUUUCAUAUGUUUUCAUUGUCUUGUUGAAGUGAGUGGUGACUUUCCUGUGUGGCGUUUCUUUUCUUUUCUAGUCACCUCUUCCUUCCUUCCCUUCACAUUCUCACCUUUACCCUUCUCAGAAUAACAAACCCCAUCGCUGCUUGCGUGUACUCAGAGCAUCUUCCAGUUUCUUACUUUAACACACACAUUCACUCUGCUUUGCUCUGUCAACUCAAUACAGCUGCUCUCUUUUUCUUUUUGCACUUCUCUGUGUUUAUGGACAAAUAGCACCAUCAUAAAUAUGGGAAUGGAUGUCUUACGAAUGAAUGACAGGCCUGUCAGUUAUUAUCUGAGCUGUAUGUGCCUUUUUUAUGUAUGUGACAUGUUGCAUUUGUACAUAUGUGCUUUUACUGUGUUUGUGUGGCUUUGUUUGUGCACAUGCAUGCUCAUUUGCAGCUCAGUUCAGCGCACCAAAGCCUCCCAUGUGACACAAAUAAACGUCUGGGUGUCUCUCUCGUAUUCUCUCACAGUGAGCUUUCACAUGGGCUCGUGGUGUUAAGGAAAACAAGCGCGCCCAUUGUGCCACACAAAGCCACGAAUGCUGAUGCUGCAGUUGCAUGAAGCUCUGUGUUGUGUUAUGUGUUUGGGGGGGGCUGUUGAGGGUGAGGGAGCUGUAUUUCUCUGUCAUGUAAAAGCAGAGUAGGGUAAGCAUAGGUUUUUCAGCCUCACCCAAGAAGAGACCACUGACUACUGCUUGAAAUUGUACUUGCUCUGUAGUUUUGUCACUAAUAAACUUUUAUACUCAGCGAUUUAAUAAAGGAUCCACAUAAACUAACUGGAUCCAAGUCAUUUUCUAUGUGCGGAUCAUGACUCAGGUCCUGAUGUGACAACAAAGGUUUCAUGAACAACUAUAUCACAGCAAGACAGGUGUGGACUACAUGAGCACUGAGCACAAACACAUUAGAUCCAGUCACCUCAGCAGAAGGUAAACAUGAUGGAACAGAACCUUUAUUUAGCCCUGAUCUUUAAUAAUAGCUGCUUUGCAUGAACACAACAUGUCUGUAAAGCCACACACAGACACGAACAUGCACAUAUGUAUCAGCAUGGCUCCAAAAGACAGCCUCAAAGUUAUUGUGAUAGUUUUGAUGUUCUUAUUUUAUGACUGUCUUCAGAUAACAACUAUUUUGUAGCCAGAGCUUUUCUUCCUAUGACCAAAACCUCAGCUUUUGCUUUGUGUAUGUGUGUGAGUGAGUGUUAGCGAACAAUACUAUUUGAACACAAAGGUUCAACCAAGAAUGUUGGAGCUGGGAGUUUGAGUCCAUGAGCAGUGGCAAUGAGUACAUGCCACUGGAGGUCUUUUUUUUUUUCUAUUAGGCAGCCAAACCAUAAUUAGUGUGU